UCAAAUUUGGUUCCAAGUACAGAUGAGCUGUACGUUGAGGAUUCGUUAUCAUUUAAAUUGUUUUCAAGCCAGAAAUUAGUUAAUCGACAUUGGUGGUACUUGGUGACAAUACGAUAUACAUAUCAUUGGCGAUUUUAAGGGAUGACACUCUUCGUGUUGGGUGAGUCUUAAAUAAAGAGACAAUUUUUAACCUAUUUAUUAAAGACAAAAGUCAAUUUUUAGAGAUCAUGACUUAGCAAGGGGGGGUUAAAGGUCACAAUAACCUCCACACAUCAUUAAUAAGUUUAUAAGUCAGAUAACUUUCGCGUGGUUACGCGUUGUUAAUUCGAUUAUAUGCAAGUCUUUCUUCACCUGUUGCAAUUGAAUCCAAAUUUAAAGCAUAUUUCAACUGUUUAAAUAACGUAUUUUUAUUGUAUUUAUUUAUUUUAUAUUUCCUAGAAAAAUGAUUAGUUUAACUAUUUUUAUACUAUUAUUUCACUUUCUGAAUAGGUCUAAAGAUAAAAAAAAUUCAUGCCGGCCAUGUUUUAAUGGAAGGUUGGAACACAGCGUCUGUGAGACUCACAGCUGGGAAAAUUACUGUGAAAUUAAACGAUAUAAGUCAUGAAAAGAACUGGCCUGGUGAAAUACCAGCUUUUGAAGAUUUGACAGUUGGUUACAUUAAUGACGUCGAUAGUUUCGAGAAUUAUGAAACAAACAUUGGCGUGAACAAAGGAUUCGGAGCUGAAGUGUUGGAGUUGACUAUCAACAAGAAGAUGGGUCUUAACUAUGGAAAUACUGAUUACAAAUCCAGUACAAAAAUGCGAGAGUAUGGGAAGGUGAAUACCCAUCUUGCAGGGGGGGGGAAGUAAAAAGAAAGAAAAUAAAAAGAAACCGAAGGCUGAGGAGGAUUUUACUGUAUUUUUAACAUAUCAUAAUUAAAUCAAUUAUUUGUUUGAUAUUUGAAUUUAUUUUCGUAUGUAUGGCCAAGGCCGGCCACGUGGUUUUUUAAGUGUUUAAAGGGCGUACAAGGCAUGGAAGCGCUCACAUGUCAAUUAGUUCUUGAACCGUACACGUUAAAACUGUUUGAUUACC